AUCCUCCACGAAGCCGUCAAGAACCUUUUAGCUAAGCUAGACAGCGGACAGGAUGCAACAAACGAAGAGAAUGCCCUCUUCGAGGCUGAACGGAACUGGAUCGCUUCCCUCAACAAGCUCAAAGCGGUCAGACAAGCUAAACCUAGAGGUAGCUGUGAAAUGACCCAUACGGAAUAUAGAUGGUUCCGGGACAUCCACAAAAUGGUGAAGGAAGAGCUGCGAGAACCUGGUAGCCAUCCAAAUAUAGACCAAGAAGCUCUUAAGAAGCUCCGUCAGGCUUUUCCCAUGCUACACCCCGCUACAGAAGUAAGGCCCCGUCACAAU